AAGCUCCGACACGGUUCAGCCGAGUUCAGUCGCGCCACUCAUUGUCAGCCGUACGGUGUUCACGUGCCAGCCACAAUCGCUCGUAUACGCUGUCACGUUAUUUCGUCGUCGGCAACGGUGGAUAAAUCGUUCCGUGAGAGGAAAACGGAGGCGGCGGAGGUGGAGGAGGAGGAGCAGACGCAGGCCAGGUGGAUCGAACACGUUCCAUGUUCUCGAUCGCACGGGCCCCUCACGAUCGCAAGAAUGCCUAAUGAAAACGCGCUCUGCGGCUGCGGAGUCGUGGUCGACUUGCCAAAAUUGCGAAACGGCGCGUUGUCUUCGAGGAAGUUGACGAGUAGGAUACCGAAAUCGAAGAGCGCCAAGCCGGAUGGCCGACCGGCUAAGAAACAGCAUUUACAGGAGGAUGCUCGCGCGUCCAAGAGCAGAAGUUUCGAAACUGGGAGCAGUAGUUCGGUGGCCGAACAAGCAAGACCGGUCAGCAAGAGCAGCAAACACGAGAAGCGAUUAAAUCACUCGAGACGAACGAGAAGCGCCGACAGAGCGGAGUCCCAUUAUACUUACAUAGAUUGCGGCUCGUGCAUAGUUGGUGGUGGUAUUCGUGAGAACGUUAUACCGGAGGCGUUGUACGCGACCAUACCAGACACGCCGAACGCGAGCGCUAACGAAACCGGAAAUAGUCAAUUAAACACUCAAAGUAGAUCGCAACCGGUUUAUGCCAUUCCUUCGAUGGUAUCGCCGCCGCCCACCUACGACGUGGCCAUUUCGAAAACGUGGCAGUCUGGUUUACCGCCGACUUACGAGGAAUAUCUGUGUCACGCCAAGUACGCAAUGAUUACUCGAUCGCACACGCCACCUCCGCCGUGGUCAGACACUAGCACGACUACGCCCGCGAUGUUGAAUGUGCAAACACGUCGCGAGAUGCUGGCCAGUCAACCAGAGCUGCGAGAGCAUCUGGCACAGUUGUCGCUGUCUCAAAGCAGCGAGAGGCCGAGCGCUGGUCAUUAUCGUCAUAAUCACCAAGGAGACGUCUUACGCGAUAAUAAUUACCUCUCGAAUCAGCAAGCGUCCAGGGAGCAGCAAGUCAGGAUGCAUCAAAGAACGCGUGACUCCAUGCCUCCCAGAUCACAAAGCGCUAGCCGUGUUCAGCAGCAGAGAAUCGCCACAAUGUACGACGACGGUGCGUUCUGUAUGGAAACGACUGCACUGCUGUCCGCGUUUGAAAACGCCGGAUGCAGCCUGAUGUAAAGAGGAAUCUAAGGGGAACGAAACAGAAGGUGGACGGAGAGGGAGAAUUCCGUGGAUUUUUCCGAAGUAAAUCGUCAUACUUGAGAGGACGUCGUGAGAGCCUUUCCAUGACCGUUCGGGAAGAAGAAAUCUCAUUGUGGACGCAAUGAAGCCCGACGACAGUUCCACGCGACAAAUCUUCCGCGACUUUGAUAUAACGUAAUCGAUUUUCGUCCCUUCCUCUCAGCACUCGUCCCACUCCCUCUCCCACGAAACUUUCCUCCUCCUCGGGAGCACAAUUAGGAGGGCGAAACUUUACGGACGAACCGAUAAUUAAGUGUAACUUUCCCACGGAGAGAAAAAACGAAUUGCACGACGAUUCACUGGUAAGGAUUUCGAAAGUUCGAGGAAAAUUUUUUUUCAGGGCUACGAUAGCUCGGUAGCUACUUUGGAAAUUGUCUGACGCGCAAAAGUCGUCGGAGGUUUCGUCCAAGUUUUCCGAGCACGUUCGAUCCACCCGGCCCUGGCUGCGUACUUCGGGCCAGAGGGAAAGUUUCGCGUGACCGCGAAGACUUCGACGUUUUCCGAGCGGAUGAAAAUGCUAAAAACACGCGGGUAACUUUCGACGUUCCUCGCGAAUCGUGACCCUCUUUUGAUGAAAUCAGUUCCUUCGGAAUUCUUAUUUCGAGCCUCUCUUCAAAUGAAUAUCCCGGUGGACAUUCGAAGUUCGACGUUGCUCGCAUGAAUCCUUUCUUCGAGCAGAGAUAUACUGUCACGAACUGUUCUGUCGUUCGAACGUUAUUUUUAUUCAACGGGAUAAUUCCUGGGCUCAGUGUAACGAAUGACUCGAUUUGUUACUCGCGAAUCGUAAGUAAUUACUAGACUGCAGAUUUCAUGCAUUUGCUGAAAAAUUCGAUAUGAAACAGACAUCUGGAAUUUAUGUAAUGUGUAAGAAAAUGAAUUACAAGUACUAAGUACACAUUAUUAUUUUCGGAGGGUAAGAAGAAAUCUCGAGAUAAAUUUCGUUUUUCAAAUUGACAUCGUGAGAGCUUUAAUUUACAUAAUCCGCAGUCUAGUAAUAACGUACAGCUUCAGAACUACGUAAUUUGAUUUUUAUUAGAUCAGAACGGAUCUAAUAUAAGCAAGACGCAUUCUCAACGUUUCAUUUCAGUUUGCUUGAGCAAGCCGUAAAAUGGAUAUUUCGCAUUGCCUUCAUCCUCCCUGGCUGGACCAGGUUCUCUGUACGCCUAACGAAACAUAAAAACAAACACGUUUCA